AUGAGCUCGUCGCAGUAUUAUCCAUUCCAAUGCACACCGACCGUCUACCCGGCCGAUCCGUUCGAUGCGAACGAAGAUGCGGCCACGCUCCGUACCGCCAUGAAGGGUUUCGGUACGGACGAGAAGGCCAUCAUCGAGGUGCUGGCACGGCGCGGUAUCGUGCAGCGGCUGGAGAUCGCCCAAGCGUUCAAGACCUCGUUCGGUAAGGAUCUGAUCAGCGAUCUGAAGUCGGAGCUGGGCGGCAAGUUUGAGGAUGUGAUACUGGCGCUCAUGACCCCGUUGCCGCAGUUCUACGCCAAGGAGCUGCACGAUGCCAUCUCGGGCAUCGGUACGGACGAGGAAGCGAUCAUCGAGAUUCUAUGCACGCUGUCGAACUAUGGCAUCCGGACGAUCGCCGAGUUUUACGAGCAGAUGUACAACGUUUCGCUCGAGUCGGAUCUGAAGGGCGAUACCAGUGGAGCGUUCAAGCGGUUGUGCGUGUCGCUGGUGCAGGGUAACCGUGACGAGAACAAUGGCGUUGAUGAGGGUGCAGCUGCCGCUGACGCACAGGCACUCUUUGAAGCUGGUGAGGGCCAGUGGGGCACGGACGAAUCCGUGUUCAACCAGAUUCUGGUGACGCGCUCGUACCAGCAGUUGCGUGCCGUGUUUGACAUCUACGAGAGCCUUGCCGGUCACACGAUCGAGGAUGCGAUCAAGCGCGAAUUCAGCGGUGCUAUCGAAGAGGGCUUCAAGGCCAUUGUGCGUUGCGUCCGCUCGAAGGUUCAGUACUUUGCCAAGCGAUUGCACAACUCGAUGGCCGGUCUCGGCACGAACGAUAAGACGCUGAUCCGUAUCAUCGUAAGCCGCUCGGAGAUCGAUCUGGGCGAUAUUAAGGAAGCGUUCCAGGAGAUGUACGGCAAGUCGCUCGAAUCGUGGAUCAAGGAUGAUAUUGGAAGUGAUCUAGGCAAUUUGCUUGCUGAAAUUGCCACUUAUUAAACCGGUCCCACCACCACCCAUCUCCAGCUCG